GGGCAAAGGCGGAGUAUCCUGCUGGGCUUCCCUUUGGCCCCUUGCAGAAAUCGGGGCGCGUCCAGGGUGUGACUCAAUCAUCCUCAAGGGCGUGGGGAGGCUUUAUCUGCGCUGACCGGGCUGUCCGUCCUGUGAGGAGGUUUCCGGUACUCUUCCUUGCCUAGCGCUCCCCGGGUCAGCAACUCACCCUCUCCCAGGCAUCACAGCGCAGCUCAGGUGCUCCCCUCGUUAUCACUUAAUCUCACCAGGAUCCAGCUUGAAGUUAAAAUAUGGCAACUCAGGAAAAGAAACCUGAAAAUCUUCAGACUUCCGAUGAACAUUCAAUUCACCUUUCAAACCCAAAUAUCUCAGGAAUGAAAGAAGACAUUCUUUACCAUUUUAAUCUUGGGACUAAAACUCAUGACUUACAGACCAUGUUUGGAGAUGUAAAGUUUGUUUGUGUUGGAGGAAGUCCUGUUCGGAUGAAAGCUUUCAUUACCUAUAUAGGAGAAGAGUUGGGACUUGCACCACCUGGCACAGACCAUCCUAACAUUUGUGAAGGAACUGACCGCUAUGCCAUGUAUAAGAUUGGGCCUGUGUUAUCAGUUAGUCAUGGCAUGGGAGUUCCUUCCAUUGGAAUCAUGUUACAUGAACUCAUCAAAUUACUAUAUCAUGCCAGAUGUUCUGAUGUUGUCAUCAUUCGCAUUGGCACAUGUGGUGGAAUAGGUCUAGAGCCUGGCUCAGUGGUACUAACCAGAAGAGCUACAGAUUCUUGCUUCAAACCUCAAUUUGAACAGAUUGUUUUGGGGAAACGGAUUGUGCGAAAUACAGAACUCAGUGAUGACCUGAAUCAGGAAUUAAUGGAAUGUGCCAAAGAGAUGAAUGAAUUUAAUACUGUCAUAGGAAACACGAUGUGUACUUUAGACUUCUAUGAAGGUCAAGCUCGGUUGGAUGGUGCUUUCUGCUCAUAUACUGACAAGGAUAAGCAAGAGUAUUUACAGGCAGCUUAUAAUGCUGGAAUCAGAAACAUUGAGAUGGAAUCUUCUAUCUUCGCAGCCAUGUGCGGUGCUAGCGGCAUCAAAGCUGCUGUUGUGUGUGUUACCCUUCUAAAUCGGCUUAUUGAAGAUCAGAUUAGCAGCUCCCAUGAAGUACUUGUCGAGUAUCAAAGAAGACCCCAGAAGUUAGUAGGAUAUUUUAUCAAGAAACGAUUGGGAAGAAAGGCAUGAAGAUCUUGUUUUUAAACUUGCAAGAAAAUAUUUGUAAGAAAAUAUCUGAUUGUUUAAAAUGAAAAUAAUCUCAGUUUUUUCUAUUUCUAAAUUUUAUAAACCAAAAAUAUGAAAUAAAGAUAACUUGUUCUUAUCUAUCACUAUUG